CGCCGGUUUCUGCUGUCUGUAGUAUCGAUAGCUUGACGAUCCAUCGGGGCCGGCUGAGGUCCAGAAGUGAGAAGAUUGUGUUCGAACCGGCUCCUUUGUCGUCCUCCGGGCCAACUUGUCGUGUGUUCUUUGCGGCUUGGACCGGCAUCCUGCUCCUCCCUCGGUACGGCGGGUGUACUGAGAGUCCGAAAGCCACCAUGGAGAUCGAGAAGGAAGUGAAGAAGAUGACGCUGGGGCACGAGUUCGGCGCUGGAGCGUCCUGCCUGAAGUGCAAAGACAAGUGUGAAGGCUUCGAGCUCCACUUCUGGAGGAAGAUCUGCCGGAACUGCAAAUGUGGUCUGGCGGAGCACAACGUGCAGAUGAACUCUGAGGAGAACAAGAAGGUGGGCAAGUUGUUCGAGGACACCAAGUACACCGGCCUCAUCGCCAAGCUCAAGACCGACGGCGUCCCCGGCUACCGCGGCAACGCCGUCACCAUCUCGCUGCCCGGCCCCGCCACUGCCCACGCCGUAUUACACCCCGCCGUGCCUUCGGCCACCGCCAUCGUACAUCCAGCCGCCGAUGCGUCUGCCCGGCACACUGAGGGCGUGGCCACUGGAGGCGUGGCCACCGGAGGCGUGGCAACCGGAGGCGUGGCCUCAGGAGGUGCAGCCGUAGCGAGGGCGGCCCCUGGCGGCGGGAAGGCUCAACUGGCACCAGCUGGUGUUGCACCGCUCCAUGUGAGCACAGCAACAAUUUGCAUUGAGUCGUCCACCGCUGAUGUCGUGCCCGUUGACCAAGACAUGCCUCUCAAGUCUGUCACGUACGAGUGGGCGCCACCUGUGGCCAACAAAUAUGUGGCGGCGCGAUACAUCCAGCUGCUGCCGCCCGAGAAGCAGCCCGUGGCGGGUUCGGAAGGCGCCUUGUACCGCCGGCAGCAGAUGGCCUGCCAGCUGCCCGAACACGACCAGGACCCCGCCAGGUGCCACGACCUGAGCGCGGCCGAGGUCAAGCAGAUGCAGCAGUAUGUGCGCAAGUACAAGGACGAGGCCCUGGGCAUCGGCGACGUCAGGAUGCCCGAGGAGAUGGUUCUGGUGCGGGCGGCGGCUCAGGGUGCCGGUGACGCCGCGGGGACUAAAGAUGGAGCCGCGUCGGGCGGAAAGGGCCUGCAGGCUGCCGGACCACGAGCGGGGUCCGCGUCCGGAGGGUCCGUUCCUGCCGGAGGAGCUGUGGGCACUGCGGCCACCGCCGGGUUGCAACUGAGUGGAUCGUCGCAGAAAAGCUUUUCAUGCCGCCACUGCCAGCAGCCCAUGCGUGCGGGCGACCCCGCCGUCUACGCCGAGCGUGCGGGCUACGACACGCUGUGGCACCCGGCGUGCUUCGUGUGCUGCACGUGCAGCGAGCUGCUGGUGGACAUGAUCUACUUCUGGAAGAGAGGCAAGCUCUACUGCGGCCGUCACUACGGCGACAGCGAGAAGCCGCGCUGCGCCGGCUGCGACGAGCUGAUCUUCAGUAACGAGUACACUCAGGCCGAGGGGCAAGACUGGCACCUCAAGCACUUCUGCUGCUUCGACUGCGACCUGGUCCUGGCGGGGGAGACCUACGUGAUGGAGCGCGACAAGCCCGUCUGCACGCCGUGCUACAUGAACAACUACGCUGUGAAAUGCUCGUCCUGCCAGCAGCCGGUGGAACCGGAAGCCCAGCGCGUGUCGUACGGCGAGCACCACUGGCACGCCGCGCCGCACUGCUUCAAGUGCGCCGGCUGCAGCAAGUGUCUGAUUGGCCAGCGCUUCAUGGCGGCGCAGGGACGCCUCUUCUGCUCGGCGGAGUGCAAGAGGAACAGCGCCGCCUAGAUGGUCCUGAAGGUACCACGCCUACAAAUCUACUGCACGCACUCCCUACUCCAGACGCUGGUAUUACCGUAAUGCCACCGAUAAAGUGGCAGCACAACUACUGAAUGUCACAUUCCUGCAGAAAUAGGACACUUUUUCUGGAAUAAAAGUCUUGUCAAAAGCAA